AGGUCGAGGUUGCUUCCCCUAUCACGAUGUAUUCCAAGCAUCAUGAGGCUAUCCAAGCCCCACUUUUCCCCCUAGUCCUCGGACAUUUCUAGAUUCGCCCCUGUUGAGGAUAGAAAUUAUUUACUGUGAACAAUACAUUGGGCGUCCCGGAUAGUUAGUCUCUCACUGCACUUGACGUAAUCUCUGUAUUUAGUGACAAUCAAACUGUCCAACGAAAGAUGAAUACACCUAUUAAAUUUUCCUUGACUAGUACUCAUGGAGCGUGUCGAUUGUAUUUAUUAAAGAAAAAGUACGGUACCUGCUAUUCCUGGGUUGGUAGCGUUGCACCUGAUUGAUUCCUUUCAAAGGUAGUACCACGGUACUGACAUUCCUGCAGUUUAUAAUCUGUGUGAUUUUGUGUAGACAACCAAAGGGUACACGACGUUAUUAUGCUAUAGGUAUGGAAGCCAUCAAAUCUAUUAUAUUAUGUAUUCUGUUGGCUUUGAUAGUAUCUAUCCCAGUAGGCAGUCAAACCUGCGGCGGUACCGAAAUUGCGUGCGACGAUGGCACUUGUGUGCCAUACACUGCCCGGUGUGAUGGGUCAUCAAACUGCAGCAACGCUUCAGAUGAGUGGAACUGCGAUACGUGUAAUUCUAAUGAAUAUAGGUGCCCUACAGGUACUCUAACCUGCAUUCCAGGGGCAUUCGUGUGUGACACUUUUGUUGAUUGCUCUGACGGAUCAGAAGAGUCGACGUGUCUAAAUCUAGAGCCAUGGGACAUUAAAUCAAUAGAAGAAGGGACUGAGAUUAUGCUGGCAAUGGAUCUGACCUAUGGUGCAAUAUACGCAGGAUCAUUGGAUAACCAAAGAGUUGAUUUUCAGACUUUAAUUUUCAACAGUACAUUUUCAUUUGCAGCAAUUGAUUACGAUCCUGUUGAACAGAAUAUAUACGUCACAGAUAUUGCUAGUGGUUUGAUAUUAGUGACGCCGCUCAAUGGACAAAGUAUUACUGUCCUCGUUAGUGAAAAUGUCACAGCGCCAGAAGGGAUUACUCUUGAUCCAAUAUCUGGAACCAUUUUUUGGACUGACAGUGCAUUUGAUGUUAUUGAAUCGAUGCAGAUGAAUGGAAGCAAUCGACGAGUUAUUAUUAGUUCUGGCCUUUCAUCUCCAAGAGGAAUUGUUGCGCUCAUCACAAACAGGACGCUGUUUUGGACAGAUUGGGAAAAUGAUAUGAUUGAACGAAGUGACUAUGAUGGUCAGAAUAGAUUCAAUUUGGGAAGCAGCGGUGGAAGGUGGUACAACAGUCUCACUCUAGAUGUUGAAGGUGGUUGGCUUUACGCUGCAGUAUCUUCAAAUUCCUUGGAUUCUAUUAUUCAAAGAAUGGAUUUUUGGGGAAAUUUUAAACAACUGGUCUAUAGCAGAGAUAUAGGUAGACCUUUUGAUUUAUAUUAUCAUAAGGGUUAUAUCUAUUACACUGACUGGGACCAAGAUUCUGUGAUGAAAGUUGAGGCAGUUAGGAAUGCAGGAUCUUCCGAGAAUAUUACUACUGAUGUAUUCCGACGCAGUAAUUCUCAGGGAACAGGAAUUCAUAUUCUUGUAUAUGAAGAUAUUGAACAACCUAUGUUGCAAUGCCCUGAAAACAUUAGCACAACAACUGAUCCCAGUCAGCCAUAUUCAACUGUAUAUUGGAAUGUAUCAGCAAGUGACAAUUCAGGGAGUGUGACAUGGAAUUGUAGCAGAGUAUCUGGUGACAUGUUUGAAGCCAUCUGGCCACGUGAACCACAUAGAGUAUUUUGCAAAGCGGAAGAUGCGUCUGGCAAUACUGCAGAAUGUUCUUUCUUUAUCACUGUAGAUGAUGAAGAAAGUCCAACUGUUUCAUGUCCAAGCAACUUCGAUGUACCAACUGAUGAUGGGUCAGCUUCGGCGGUGGUUUACUGGUUAGUCAAUGUGACAGAAAAUACAGAUUACGAAGUAUCAGUGUUUUUCUCACACGAAUCAGGAGAGUCAUUUUUUGUUGGUACAUCAACAGUAACAUAUCUCAUUAUAGACAGAUUUGAUAAUAGAAAUGACUGUAUAUUCACAGUAACAGUUAGAGAUAAUGAACAACCUAUGUUGCAAUGUCCUGAUGACAUUGAUGUAGUAUUAACUGAUCCGGGUCAGCCAUAUUCGACUAUAUAUUGGAAUGUAUCAGUAAGUGACAAUUCUGGAAGUGUGACAUGGAAUUGUAGCCAAGAAACUGGUCAUAGGUUUCACGUCAUCUGGCCAAUUGAACGACAGAAUGUAACAUGCGAAGCAGAGGAUGCGUAUGAAAAUGCUGCAGAAUGUGUAUUUUUUGUUAAAGUGUAUGAUAAGGAACAUCCAAGUGUUUUGUGUCCAAGUAGCAUUGAUGUACCUAAUGAUGAUGGGUCAGCGGUAGCAGUGGUCAGCUGGUCAGUCAAUGUCACAGACAACACAGAUUCUCUAUAUGAAGUAAUAGUGUCAGGCUCUGGUACAGAGUAUAACAAAUCUGGACACGCAUUUCCUGUUGGCAUCACAACAUUAGACUAUGUUGUUACAGAUGCAUUUGGUAACGCAGACAACUGUUCCUUCACAGUAACUGUCAGUGAUACUGAAGAACCUAUGUUACAAUGUCCCGAUGAUAUUGAUGUAGCAUUAACCAAUCCGGGUCAGCCAUAUUCGACUGUAUAUUGGAAUGUAUCAGUAAGUGACAAUUCAGGGAGUGUGACAUGGAAUUGUAGCAGAGUAUCUGGUGACAGGUUUGACGUCAUCUGGCCAAUUGAACGACAGAAUGUAUCAUGCGUAGCUGAGGAUGUGCAUGGCAAUACUGCAGAAUGUGUAUUUUAUGUUACUGUAAUUGAUGAAGAAAAUCCAAGUAUUUUGUGCCCAAGUAACGUUGAUGUCCCUACUGAUGAUGGAUCUGCCGUAGCAGUGGUCAGCUGGUCAGUCAACUACUCAGACAACACAGAUUCUAUAUAUGACCUAGUAUUGUCAGGUUCUAUUACAGAGUACUUUUUUGAUGCACUUGGAUAUGCGUUUCCCGUUGGCACGACAACAUUAAACUAUGUUAUUACAGACGUAUUUGGAAACACAGACAACUGUUCCUUCACAAUAACUGUCCGAGAUACUGGAGAACCUAUGUUACAAUGUCCCGAUGAUAUUGAUGUAGCAUUAACUGAUCCAGGUCAACCAUAUUCGACUGUAUAUUGGAAUGUAUCAGUAAGUGACAAUUCUGGAAGUGUGACAUGGAAUUGUAGCAGAGUAUCUGGUGACAUGUUUGACGUCAUUUGGCCAAUUGAACGACAGAAUGUAUCAUGCGAAGCUGAGGAUGUGCAUGGCAAUACUGCAGAAUGUGUAUUUUAUAUUACUGUAAUUGAUGAAGAAAAUCCAAGUAUUUCAUGUCCAAGUAGCGUUGAUGUACCUAAUGAUGAUGGGUCAGCGGUAGCAGUGGUCAGCUGGUCAGUCAAUGUCACAGACAACACAGAUUCUCUAUAUGAAGUAAUAGUGUCAGGCUCUGGUACAGAGUAUAACAAAUCUGGACACGCAUUUCCUGUUGGCAUCACAACAUUAGACUAUGUUGUUACAGAUGCAUUUGGUAACGCAGACAACUGUUCCUUCACAGUAACUGUCAGUGAUACUGAAGAACCUAUGUUACAAUGUCCCGAUGAUAUUGAUGUAGCAUUAACCAAUCCGGGUCAACCAUAUUCGACUGUAUAUUGGAAUGUAUCAGUAAGUGACAAUUCAGGGAGUGUGACAUGGAAUUGUAGCAGAGUAUCUGGUGACAGGUUUGAUGUCAUCUGGCCAAUUGAACGACAGAAUGUAUCAUGCGUAGCUGAGGAUGUGCAUCGCAAUACUGCAGAAUGUGUAUUUUAUGUUACUGUAAUUGAUGAAGAAAAUCCAAGUAUUUUGUGCCCAAGUAACGUUGAUGUCCCUACUGAUGAUGGAUCUGCCGUAGCAGUGGUCAGCUGGUCAGUCAACUACUCAGACAACACAGAUUCUAUAUAUGACCUAGUAUUGUCAGGUUCUAAUACAGAGUACUUUUUUGAUGCACUUGGAUAUGCGUUUCCCGUUGGCACGACAACAUUAAACUAUGUUAUUACAGACGUAUUUGGAAACACAGACAACUGUUCCUUCACAAUAACUGUCCGAGAUACUGGAGAACCUAUGUUACAAUGUCCUGAUGAUAUUGAUGUAGCAUUAACUGAUCCAGGUCAGCCAUAUUCGACUGUAUAUUGGAAUGUAUCAGUAAGUGACAAUUCUGGAAGUGUGACAUGGAAUUGUAGCAGAGUAUCUGGUGACAUGUUUGACGUCAUUUGGCCAAUUGAACGACAGAAUGUAUCAUGCGAAGCUGAGGAUGUGCAUGGCAAUACUGCAGAAUGUGUAUUUUAUAUUACUGUAAUCGAUGAAGAAAAUCCAAGUGUUUCGUGCCCAAGUAGCAUUGAUGUACCUAAUGAUGAUGGGUCAGCCGUAGCAGUGGUCAGCUGGUCUGUCAACGUCACGGACAACACAGAUUCUAUAUAUGAAGUAAUAGUGUCAGGCUCUGGUACAGAGUACAACGAAUUUGGACAAGCAUUCCCUGUUGGCAUGACAACAUUAUACUAUGUUGUUACAGAUGCAUUUGGUAACAGAGACAACUGUUCCUUCACAAUAACUGUCCGAGAUACUGGAGAACCCAUGUUACAAUGUCCCAAUGACAUUAAUUUAGCAUUAACUGAUCCGGGUCAGCCAUAUUCGACUGUAUAUUGGAAUGUAUCAGUCAGUGACAAUUCAGGGAGUGUGACAUGGAAUUGUAGCAGAGUAUCUGGUGACAGGUUUGAUGUCAUUUGGCCAACUGAGCGACAGAAUGUAUCAUGCGAAGCUGAGGAUGUGCAUGGCAAUACUGCAGAAUGUGUAUUUUAUGUUACUGUAAUCGAUAAAGAAACUCCGAGUAUUUCAUGUCCAAGUAACAUUGAUGUAUCCACUGAUGAUGGGUCGGCUGUAGCACUAGUGAGUUGGUUAGUGAACGUCACAGACAACUCAGGUUCUAUAUAUGAAGUAAUAGUUUCAGGUUCAGGUACCGAGUACAACAAAUCUGAACAUGCGUUUCCUGUUGGCAUCACAGCAUUAGACUAUGUUGCUACAGAUGCAUUCGGUAACGCAGACAACUGUUCCUUCACAGUAACUGUCAGAGAUAUCGGAGAACCCAUGUUACAAUGUCCCAAUGACAUUAAUUUAGCAUUAACUGAUCCGGGUCAGCCAUAUUCGACUGUAUAUUGGAAUGUAUCAGUAAGUGACAAUUCAGGGAUUGUGACAUGGAAUUGUAGCAGAGUAUCUGGUAACAUAUUUGACGUCAUCUGGCCAAUUGAACGACAGAAUGUAUCAUGCGAAGCUGAGGAUGCCCAUGGCAAUACUGCAGAAUGUGUAUUUUAUAUUACUGUAAUUGAUGAAGAAAAUCCAAGUGUUUCAUGUCCAAGAAGCAUUGGUGUACCUAAUGAUGAUGGAUCAGCCGUAGCAGUGGUCAGCUGGUCAGUCAAUGUCACCGACAACACAGAUUCUAUAUAUGAAGUAAUAGUGUCAGGCUCUGGUACAGAGUACAACGAAUCUGGACAAGCAUUUCCUGUUGGCAUGACAACUUUAGACUAUGUUGUUACAGACGCAUUUGGAAACACAGAAAACUGUUCCUUCACAAUAACUGUCCAAGAUACUGGAGAACCUAUGUUGCAAUGUCCCAAUGACAUUGAUGUAGCAUUAACUGAUCCGGAUCAGCCUUAUUCGACUGUAUAUUGGAAUGUAUCAGUAAGUGACAACUCAGGGAGUGUGACAUGGAAUUGUAGCAAAAUAUCUGGUGACAGGUUUGACGUCAUCUGGCCAACUGAACGACAGAAUGUAUCUUGUGAGGCUGAGGAUGCGCAUGACAAUACUGCAGAAUGUGUAUUUUAUGUUACUGUAAUCGAUAAAGAAACUCCGAGUAUUUCAUGUCCAAGUAAUAUUGAUGUAUCCACUGAUGAUGGGUCGGCUGUAGCACUAGUGAAUUGGUUAGUGAAUGUCACAGACAACUCAGGUUCUAUAUAUGAAGUGACAGUUUCUGGAUCAGGUACAGAGUACAACGAAUCUGAACACGCGUUUCCUGUUGGCAUCACAGCAUUAGACUAUGUUGCUACAGAUGCAUUUGGUAACACAGACAACUGUUCCUUCACAGUAACUGUCAGAGAUACCGGAGAACCCAUGUUAAAAUGUCCCAAUGAUAUUAAUUUAGCAUUAACUGAUCCGGGUCAGCCAUAUUCAACUGUAUAUUGGAAUGUAUCAGUAAGUGACAAUUCAGGGAGUGUGACAUGGAAUUGUAGCAGAGUAUCUGGUGACAGGUUUGACGUCAUUUGGCCAAUUGAACGACAGAAUGUAUCAUGCGUAGCUGAGGAUGUGCAUGGCAAUACUGCAGAAUGUGUAUUUUAUAUUACUGUAAUUGAUGAAGAAAAUCCAAGUAUUUCGUGUCCAAGAAGCGUUGAUGUACCUAAUGAUGACGGGUCAGCCGUAGCAGUGGUCAGCUGGUCAGUUAACAUCACAGACAACACAAAUUAUAUAUAUGAAUUAAUAUUGUCAGGCUCUGGUACAGAGUACAACGAAUCUGGACAAGCAUUUCCUGUUGGCAUGACAACUUUAGACUAUGUUGUUACAGACGCAUUUGGAAACAUAGAAAACUGUUCCUUCACAGUAACUGUCCGAGAUACUGGAGAACCUAUGUUACAAUGUCCCAAUGACAUUGAUGUAGCAUUAACUGAUCCGGGUCAGCCAUAUUCUACUGUAUAUUGGAAUGUAUCAGUAAGUGACAAUUCUGGGAGUGUGACAUGGAAUUGUAGCAGAGUAUCUGGUGACAGGUUUGACGUCAUUUGGCCAAUUGAACGACAGAAUGUAUCAUGCGAAGCAGAGGAUGUGCAUGGCAAUACUGCAAAAUGCGUAUUUUAUGUUACUGUAAUCGAUAAAGAAAAUCCGAGUAUUUCAUGUCCAAGUAACAUUGAUGUAUCCACUGAUGAUGGGUCGGCUGUAGCACUAGUGAGUUGGUUAGUGAACGUCACAGACAACUCGGGUUCUAUAUAUGAAGUGACAGAUUCUGGAUCAGGUACCGACUACAACAAAUCUGGACACGUGUUUCCUAUUGGCAUGACAACAUUAGACUAUGUUGCUACAGAUGCAUUUGGUAACACAGACAACUGUUCCUUCACAGUAACUGUCAGAGAUACUGGAAAACCCAUGUUACAGUGUCCCAAUGACAUUAAUUUAGCAUUAACUGAUCCAGGUCAGCCAUAUUCAACUGUAUAUUGGAAUGUAUCAGUGAGUGACAAUUCAGGGAGUGUGACAUGGAAUUGUAGCAGAGUAUCUGGUGACAGGUUUGACGUCAUUUGGCCAAUUGAACGACAGAAUGUAUCAUGCGAAGCUGAGGAUGUGCAUGGCAAUACUGCAGAAUGUGUAUUUUAUGUUACUGUAAUUGAUGAAGAAGAUCCAAGUAUUUCGUGUCCAAGAAGCGUUGAUGUACCUAAUGAUGAUGGAUCAGCCGUAGCAGUGGUGAGCUGGUCAGUUAACAUCACAGACAACACAAAUUAUAUAUAUGAUUUAAUAUUGUCAGGCUCUGGUACAGAGUACAAUGAAACUGGACAAGCAUUUCCUGUUGGCAUGACAACAUUAUACUAUGUUGUUACAGACGCAUUUGGAAACACAGAAAACUGUUCCUUCACAGUAACUGUCCGAGAUACUGGAGAACCCAUGUUACAAUGUCCAGCUGACAUUAAUGAAGCACUAACUGAUCCAGGUCAGCCAUAUUCGACUGUAUAUUGGAAUGUAUCAGUAAGUGACAAUUCAGGAAGUGUGACAUGGAAUUGUAGCAGAGUAUCUGGUGACAGGUUUGACGUCAUCUGGCCAAUUGAACGACAGAAUGUAUCAUGCGAAGCUGAGGAUGCGCAAGGCAAUACUGCAGAAUGUGUAUUUUAUAUUAUAUUAGUUGAUGAAGAAAAUCCCCGUAUUUCAUGUCCAAGCAAUGUUGAUGUAUCUACUAAUGAUGGGUCAGCUAAAGCAGUGGUGAGCUGGUCAGUCAAUGUAACGGACAACACAGAUUCUAUAUAUGAAGUAAUAGUGUCAGGCUCUGGUACAGAGUAUAAUGAAACUGGACAUGAGUUUCCUGUUGGCAUGACAACAUUAGACUAUGUUGUUACAGAUGCAUUUGGUAACAAAGACAACUGUUCCUUCACAGUAACUGUCAGCGAUGCUGGAGAACCUAUGUUACAAUGUCCCGAUGAUAUUGAUGUAGCAAUAACUGAUCAAGGCCAGUCAUAUUCGACAGUUUAUUGGAAUGUAUCAGUGAGUGACAAUUCUGGGAGUGUGACAUGGAAUUGUAGCAGAGUAUCUGGUGACAAGUUUGUCGUCAUCUGGCCAAUUGAACGACAGAAUGUUACCUGCAGAGCUGAAGAUCUGUAUGGCAAUACUGCAGAAUGUGUAUUUUAUGUAAAGGUUUAUGAUAGAGAAAACCCAAGUAUUUCAUGUCCAAGCAGCAUAAAUUUGCCUACUGAUAUGUCAGCUGAAGCCGUGUUGAGUUGGUCAGUCAACGUUACAGACAAUAUUGAUUCUGUGUAUAAACUAGUAUUGUCAGGCUCUGGUACAGAGUACAAUGAAUCUGGGCAAGCAUUUAGUAUUGGUCUGACAACAUUGAACUAUGUCGUGACGGAUGCAUUUGGUAAUAAAAACGAAUGUUCUUUCACGGUGACUGUUAUAGAUACUGGUGAACCCAUAAUAGAAUGUCCUGCCGACAUUGAUGUAGCGUUAACCGACCCAAGUCAGCCAUAUUCUACUGUUUAUUGGAAUGUAACAGCAAGCGACAAUUCAGGGAGUGUGACAUGGAAUUGUAGCAGGAAAUCUGGUGACAGGUUUUUCGUUAUCUGGCCAAUUGAACGACAGAAUGUAACCUGCAAAGCUGUGGAUUUGUACGACAAUACUGUAGAAUGUCUAUUCUAUAUAAUAGUUAAUGAUGAAGAAAACCCAAGUAUUUCAUGUCCCAGCAACUUCGAUGUUCGCAGUGAUGAUGAAUCAGCUGAAGCAGUGGUCAACUGGUCAGUGAACGUCACAGACAACACAGAUUCUAUAUAUGAAGUAACAGUGUCAGGCUCUGGUACAGAGUACAACGAAUCUGGAGACUCGUUUCCUAUUGGCUUAACAACAUUAGACUAUAUUGUCACAGAUGCAUUUGGUAACAGAGGCGAUUGUUCCUUCACAAUAACUGUCAGAGAUACUGGAGACCCCAUGUUGCAAUGUCCUGGUGAUAUUGAUGUAGCAUUAACUGAUCCUGGUCAGCCAUAUUCGACUGUAUAUUGGAAUGUAUCAGUAAGUGACAAUUCAGGAAACGUGACAUGGACUUGUAGCAGAGCAUCUGGUGACAGGUUGGACGUCAUCUGGCCAAUUGAGCGACAGAAUGUAUCAUGCUCAGCUGAGGAUGUGCAUGAAAAUACUGCAGAAUGUAUGUUCUAUAUCACUGUAUAUGACAAGGAGAAACCAAGUAUUUCAUGUCCCAACAACAUUGUUGAGCCUACUGAUAAGGGGUCGGGUGAAGCAGUGGUCAGUUGGUCAGUCAAUGCCUCAGACAACACAGAUUCUAUAUAUGAAGUGGUGGUGUCAGGCUCUGGAACCGGGUUUAACGCAGAGGAAGAAGCAUUUCCAAUUGGUGUGACGACAUUAUACUAUGUUGUAACAGAUGCAUUUGGUAACACAGACGAUUGUUCAUUCAGUGUGGAUAUCAAAGAUGAUGAAGAUCCUAUAUUCACAAACUGCCCAGAAAAUAUCAAUUCUGAAACGGAGUCAAGGUCUUCUAGCGCCCAAGUUUUUUGGUCACCCUCAGAUAUUUCUGACAACUCAGGAGAACCAAGUGUUGUUGCCUCACACAACCCAGGAUCUGUAUUUAAUUUGGGAAUAACAAAAGUGGUAUAUACUGCACGUGAUGACUAUAACAAUACAGCAGUGUGUGCAUUUAAUGUCACUAUUGAAGAUAAAGAAGCACCGUUUUUAAUGUGUCCUGAAGAUAUUGUGGUGAUGUCUACUUCGUCAUCAGGAAUUAAUGUCACAUGGUCACAGCCUAAAUAUGACGACAACUCCGGACAGUCAGUGACACUAAGUUCAUCAGAAAAUUCAGGAGAUGUGUUUACAGUUGGGCAAUAUAUUGUAGCAUAUACAGCAUUCGACCAAUCAGGGAACAAUGCUACCUGUCAAUUUGAAAUCACAGUAGGAGAUCCGUGUACAACAACACCUUGCUUGAAUGGAGGGACGUGCAUUUUAUCAGACCCUGACUUUGAAUGUCGUUGUCCAACAUUACAUACUGGUGAAAACUGUGAAAUUAUACCAGGUUUACCAACUGCAGCAGUUCAACCAAGCUUUGUGAGUGUUGAUUAUCUAAGUGCAGCCAGGUUUUUUUGCAAUAUAAGUAACUCAGUUGAUUGGCAAUGGUACAAAGACUAUGUUGCAAUCCCACUUACUCAGAAUCUGGAAUAUCUAACUAUCGAUAAAGUAAGUCUGGAUGAUCAGGGCUAUUACUAUUGUAAAGCAUCGGGGGUAUCGCCACAUCAAGGUGAAACAGCAGAUUCCAAUAUGGCGGUUCUGACUGUUAAAGAUGCAAUAGCAGUACCAAUAUUACUGAGGUUCCUGCAUUUGCAAUUCACUUCAGCCAUGUUAGAUUUAUCGUCCAAGGAAUUUCAAGACGCAUCCUCCACAAUUACUAGUUUGUUAAGCGAUGGACUGCAGAAUCUUGGUGAUUUGGUUGCUCAGGUACGGAGGUUAAGUAAUGGAAGUGUGAUUGCUGGUGUUAAUAUAUACGUACAAAAUCCACAAAUGUCUUAUGAUGAAUUUAGUGAAAACCUGUUACAAGGAUUGAUAGAGUUAGCAGAAAAAGAUGGAUUAAUAGAUCAAGAUGCCAUCACAAUAUUUAGCACAGAUGGGAUGCCAAUGGGCUCAAGCACUUGUUACAGUGAUGGACUUAGUGCAGCCAUGUGGCAAGUGAUGCCACAUGAAUGUGGGCGAGACGCAACUCAGGAGGAGUUGCUGAAACGGUUAAGUGAGAUGGAAAUCACACAAGAAAAUGCGGGGACUGUGAUUGCAGAGGUCAACAAUAUCACAAGUUCAUCAGAAAAUGUAACAUCAAGUAGCCUAGACACCACGGCCGACAUUAUAGAAAGCAUUAUAGCAGUAAAUUCAACAUCCGCAGAGGUAACUUCAAUGUUGGUUGACACUAUUGCGAAUCUAUUUGAUGUGGAUGAUAACGUGCUAUUGGCGAGUCAAAUGGAGACCCAAGCUCCAAGUAGAAUUAUUGAAUCCCUCGAAGAUCAACUAACGCAUGUUGACCUUGAAAACAAUAAAUACCAAGCGAUAACCGAUAAUGUAGCAGUGCAAGCGCAGACAGUUAAUACGAAUGAGGUUGCAGAAGUAGGCAUCGGAUUUGCAUCUUAUCAAGCAACAGAUACAAAGAAAAUAAAUAAUGUAACAGAUUACAACCAAGGUAGUCAACUAGAAGAUACCGUAUCUGUCAGUAUAUUCAUACCGUCAGCAGUUGCUUCAAUUUUAACAGAUCAGUCAGGUGGGGACAAAUUUCGCGUUAUUACAGUUGUGUAUAAUGACAGUACACUGUUUCCAACUAGCCAAUUCAAUUCAUCAAUUCGAAGGCCUAAUAGCAAAGUUAUUUCAUUGUCUAUACCUGGAAUCAAAUUGACAGAUUUGCAGGAACCAGUUAUAACAACAUUUAUACCAGCAGAGGAGUCCAAAAACAAUAAUGAAACAAGCUGUGUAUUUUGGGAUUUCGGUCUUGAUGGUGUUGGUGGUUGGUCAAGCCAGGGCUGCUAUUUGGCAAAUGGAUCUUUAGACGGAAGUGACCGUCAAGUUUGCCACUGUGAUCAUCUUACUAAUUUUGCCAUUCUUAUGAAUUUCUAUUCAGAUGGUCCUAGAGUAGACAAUGAGGUAGCUGAAUACAUCACAAAUAUUGGUCUUGGUAUUUCAAUCGCGUCUUUGGUUAUAACCAUAUUUACUUUUUUGAACAACAGAAAACUACGGAAAAGUAAACCUCAACAGAUUCUCUGUCACCUGUGCACAGCCUUACUUUGCUUGUACAUAACAUUCCUUGUUGGAAUUGACCGCAAUGAAAAGAGGGGCGCAUGUGUUGCGAUUGCCGCUAUCAUCCAUUAUUUUUUGCUUGCAUCUAUAUUCUGGAUGUCAGUGCAAGCUGUUAAUAUGUACUACUCAUUCGUUAAAGUUUAUGAUGCUCAUGUGUCCAAGUUUUUCUUAAAAGCCGGCCUGUUUGGAUGGGGUAUUCCAGGUGUGAUCGUUGCUGUAACUGUGGGUAUAGAUGCUGAUAAUUAUGCAAACACCAACUAUUGCUUCUUGGUGGUAACCCGGAUGUAUUACAGUGUGGCGAUACCUGUAGGACUUAUGUUACUAUUCAACAUAACUGUAUUCAUUAUGGUAUUAAAUAGUCUUAGUAAGCUUGGUAAAAUUUCCAAUCAAGCUCACAAAACUAAUAAGAAACACAAAGGGAUGCAGUUGCUACAGAAUGGAGUGUGUAUUUCAGUAGUAAUGGGAAUGACUUGGCUUAUAGGCUUCUUUGCGAUUGGCAGUGCCACUGUCGUUAUUCAAAUUCUGUUCUGCAUCCUCAAUUCCCUCCAAGGUUUCUUCAUAUUCGUCAUGUAUUGUUUAAGAAGUCAAGAUGUUCGCAAGCAUUGGAGACGACAGUUCAGGCAUAUUACUGGCACAACGAGUAGAAGUUUCAAGUCUAUAUCCUCCACGUUACGUGGUACCAAAAGGAGUAUUCUGUAUUCCAGUGAACGUAAAUCAAGUUCAUCCGGAUUUACACUUUCAAAAAAUCACAGUUCAUCGCAAAUUACCUCUCAAAGAAUGUCUGAGUCAGAAAUGUCACAUUCGCAUAAAAAUGGCAAAGUUUCAAACAGCAGCUCAAACAAUAACCAAGUAUCAUUUGCAAAAUCCUCUAGUGUUUCCAAUGGAUUCACCUUUCGAAAAUAGUAUCAUAAUUUAUUUGUUACCAUGAUAAGGUUACUUUCUUCAUUUUGACGUCAUAAUAUGUAACUUAAAAUUACGUCAGUUUGGGUGCAAUUAUUCUAAGUAUUGAUCAAAAGGGGAAAAAAAACUUAAAAUUACGUCAGUUUGGGUGCAAUUACCCUAAGUAUUGAUCAAAAUGAAAAAAAAAAAAAAAAAUCUAUAAAGUUAAAACUCCCGAUGUGUUUUUUUUUUUUCACUUCGACUUUCAUGAACUUCUUAAAAUCAUAGACUCACUACUGUAUAAUGGUAUAUGUAAUCCGUCUGGUCCCUUUAAUCUCUCUCUUUUCUGUUUCUCAAGAUAAUCAUGAAAAAAUAUAUUUUGUAUUUAUAGGUAUUCUUUAAUCACUAGUGUAUAAUAAAAGUCAUGAUAAUACUAUAUUAUUAAGUACUGUAAUACUAAUACUAAUUAUUAUAAUAAUACACUAUAUAGUAUAAUAUUUAACUUCACUUUUAAAUUGAAAUGACAGGUGGUUCUAGAAUGUUGCAAUAUAUUAAAAAAGAAUUAAAUAGGCUGUUUAUUUAUAGAAAUACAAAAUUAAAAUAAGAGUAUGAUAAUAUAUUGAAUAUAUUUAUUAUACGGGACAUUAUUACUAUAAUAAUAUAAUAAUAUUACAAUAUGAUGACAAUACAAUAGUAUUAUAAUAACAGUAUUUCUUAUACAUUACUAAUAAUUGUAUAAGACAACAACAAUGAGAUUUUGUGUUGCAUUUGACAUCAGUUUUAAUAUGAAAUGACAGGUUGUUUCACAAUGUUGCAAUAUGUAUUAUAGAUAAAAAUAUUAAUAGACCUCCUGAGUUAAUUUUGUUGUAUAUUUUAUUCAGAAUAUUACAAAGGUAAACUGAGAGUACAUCAAUAUAUUAAAGAUCUUCAACGAAUCAACAAGAAA